GAUCUUUAUCCUCCCUGCUCCCUGAGCAGCAGCCAGCCUUCAGCCGGCAGCAGAGCUUAUGAGAAGAGGCCCCCUGGACCCUUGAUGUUCAGCGUACUGGUGGCGGGAAAGAGUUAAUACCUCUGGCUUCGUUGCCCCCUGGGCAGCCUCUGGGUGCAGAGGAGGGCAGCUCUGGGCUGUGGGGACUUCCCCCUGAGCUGCUGAGCUACGGCCAGAGGAGCAGGGAAGCACUUAGUGAGGCUGAAGACGAAAGUGCGGGAGGAGUGCCAGGCGAGCUCUGCUCAGGGGCACCUCCUGUAUCCUGCCAAUGAGGAUGGGCGUGCAGACUGUGCCUGGGAGCUGAGCCGCCGCCCGCUGGGUGUAGGCUGCUUCAGUAUUUACCGAAUGUGACAAGCAGAGAGAAGAGCUUUCGGUGGGGCCGCUUGCUGCCCGGCUCAAGUGGUGGGAGGUGUGCUGUGCACGUAUGCAAUGUGAAUAUGUGUGUUUGUGUGCGUGUGUGUGUGCGUGUGCAAGUGUGCCUCUGUGUUCAUGCACACAUGCCCUUCACCCGCCAAGGAUUUGAUUGCUAAGAGAAAGAUCUACUCUUUCCCCAGAGCUCCUUACCCGCAACCUUUCUGACUAUCCCGUUGGCAAAGACCCGCAGGCCAUGAGGACUGGUCAAAGACGCCUGUGCCUGUGAUCCCCGCAAAGGAGCAAACCUGAGUGGUGACAGUGCGUGACAAGCCUCCCUUGGAGUUCUUCCAACCUUCCUCCCGCUCACGCCCUCCCCAGGCACCGGCACUCCCACCUCUGGGACACGUUCCCUUGGAGGGAGGUGAGAGGACGUGAAAGGGUAAAUCCCUGUGCCCCGCAGUCUUAUCUCCCGCCCUGACGUCCCUGCACACCAGCCAGAGGGUUAACCGUAAGCGGGUGCCUGUAUGGCCGCUUUACUGAUGCCACGCAGGAACAAAGGGAUGAGGACUCGACUGGGAUGCCUGUCUCACAAGUCCGACUCGUGUAGUGAUUUCACAGCUAUUCUUCCCGACAAACCUAACCGUGCUCUAAAGAGACUAUCCACGGAAGAAGCUACGAGGUGGGCAGAUUCCUUUGAUGUGCUUCUCUCCCAUAAGUAUGGGGUGGCUGCGUUCCGCGCCUUCCUGAAGACGGAGUUCAGUGAAGAGAACCUGGAGUUCUGGUUGGCCUGUGAGGAGUUCAAGAAGACCAGGUCAACUGCAAAACUUGUCUCCAAGGCCCAUAGGAUCUUUGAAGAGUUUGUGGAUGUGCAGGCUCCGCGGGAGGUAAACAUAGACUUCCAGACCCGAGAAGCCACAAGGAAGAACAUGCAGGAACCGUCCCUGACUUGCUUUGACCAAGCCCAGGGAAAAGUACACAGUCUCAUGGAGAAAGACUCUUACCCCCGGUUCCUGAGGUCCAAAAUGUACUUAGAUUUGCUGUCCCAGAGCCAGAGGCGGCUCAGUUAGACCUCAGAUGGGGACUCUUGGAGAUCACCGGCUUUCCCCUCCCCUUGCUGCCAAGACCAUAUUCUAAUGUGAAAUGUCAUAGGUGUUCAAAAGCAGUGGCCUUUAGGUUGGGAGCCCGGGAGUGAGGAAGGGAUGAAGGGCCAUUCCAAAGUAUGAUCCAGCCACCAGAGCUCGGACUCUAUUCCAUUAACCCAUAUUUGUGUUUUGGUUAGUGGUAGCACCUUGUCGCUGUCACCCUUCUCUGGGUCGGCAACUUGCCCUCCAUAAUGCCUUGGGUCAUCUCCACUGAGAAGGCAGAUAUGCCAUGCUGGGCUAAUCUGUAAAUAAUGCAAAUGCAAUUUCCACCACUUCCACACCCUCCUCAGUUAGGACUCUCGACUCUCUUAACUUGUCCUAUACUCUUAUGAGGAAGAGCUAGAAGACUCUGGCUUACGUCUGUGAUUUGCCAUCACAAUGUAAUAGCCGGUCCCGCGUGCUGGGACCUCACGGUUUAGGAGAGAGGUCUCAGUGGAAUCCCAGGUUUCUACCACUGUCACUGAUAGGUGGCCUCUGAGAGAAGGGGCACACUCCAUGGAGUUGGCUGUUUCUUCCAUUUGCAUAAGACCAGUGUCACUGUCCAUCUCAGCCUAGGAGAUUCACAAGACUCCCAUACCCUUGCCAUUCCAGAAAGGGUCUUGGGAGAUGUCCUUCACCACUUCCGAUGUGGAACUGCUAUUGAGAAAGAGACAGCUUGCAAGUCUUCCUCAGUUCUACCAAGAAGUUUUCCCGAAGUUGAAUGAGCAGGGAAUGUAGCACCAGUAGAUUUUUGUGCAGUGGGCCACCAUAUAACCUCUCUGUUGCUUAACGUAUUCUCUGCCCUCACCUCCCUGUGGUAUCACACAUCACUGAUCUCUUAGAACGAUGGAUGGCUUGGUAAAGGGAGGUGAAUUCCCUUAGCAUGGACAGCUCUCACAGUGCCUAAUACUUCUCCUGUCUCUCCCUCUUCCCCCCUUCAUGCAGGUCAUGUAAUUCCGAUGGGGGAGAAUGGGAACUUAGGCUGUAAUUCUCUUUCCAGCUUGCUUCCUGGGAGCAUGCUUUUUUAGAAAGGUUCCUCUCGUGAGGGCCAUCUUGGCUGACCAACAGCUUCCUUCUUGACUUUUUGGGAUUGAACGUGGAACAGGAGGUGAGGCUAAGAAGAUCACUGUGAACAUCUGGUUGUAGAGAACCUUCCUAAGACGUCUUCAUGGUAUCCCGGUGCUGCUUUUGGAAAUACAUCAGGAAACUUUUCCCUGGAAGAUGAGCAAGACACAGGAAACUUACUCCAGCUGCCCGGGAAAAAGCUGACUUUGGCCCAAGACUGCAGUGCCGAGGAGAUGAAUCCUCAGCAGAGAGACCAGAAUGUGGAAGAGGAGCCUGGGGGAGGCUGGUCCCUGGGUGGACUGAAUCACAGAGAACGUGCUGGAGGUACUAUUGGGGUAACUCACAGCCGAUGGAUUUGGAUUCACUGCAGAUCUCCAAAACUUUCAGCUUGACUAAAUGAAACAGCACAUGAUUAGGUGUAAGCUCUGGAAUGCAGGUGAUUGACAAUUGGGCUGAAGCAGGCUCCUCGUGCAGCGGGGAUGAGCCGUUUUAGAUGUGCGGGUGUUCCAGUGCUUGCAUUUCUGUCCAGUAACUUUAUGAAUCUCUUCCUUCCUUGGCUGCAGCUAGACAAAGCCAAGAAGGCUCUUGAGUCCCGCGGGCUGUUAGGGUCCGCUGCCCCGCCGUGUAUCUGUGAGUAUCUGUUAGUGAGAGCUGACAUGUCUGUACGAACCAUCGAGGAGAGAGAGAACACAGGCCUCCUGAAGAGACCUGUGGAAUUUCACGUUCAAGAACUCUGCAGCCUCGUGUGGGUGUUCCUAGUUAGAUCAGAUAGUAUUCCCCCGCCCCCACUGGUGAAAAACCAUCCUUAGUUUAAGCUGCUAGAAUUAUUUUAAUGAUCAAAUUCCGGAACAGGGUAUUUUCAAUGUUGUUUACAUAUGAAAUGUACGUCUGCUGCCAACUCUACUGUCCACUAGGAGGUGCCUAUAAAUGGGAACAGCACAGAGUUAUGGAGGCCUGAAACGUCCUAAGAGGGGCCUUUUUACCACUUCCACUGUCCCCAGGAGAAAAGUCUGAACAAGAGUGUUUUGCGGUCGCCUUCUCUGGGGCCUAGAGUUCUUGCCAACUAUUGGUGGAACGAAGGAUGCAGAUGGUGGUGUCAUGGCACCUGGUGACUUCCUCCCACGAUGGGGAGGUGUGAAGGAUCCAGCUUGGGUAUCCUGAGAUUUGCCGCUAAGUGAGCGUCUGUGGGCGUAUGUUCGUGUGUAGAGGAACGUGAUAGUUAUGUUUAUGGUACUCCCGUGGAGUGUGUGUGUGUGUGUGUGUGUGUGUGUGAGACAGAAAGAAUUAUGAGCACUAGACUAGUACACCACAGAGAUGGUCUUCCCACUGGGGGAGCUUUUCUCACACCCUUUAUGUCCUGCUUCCACCAGGAGGCACAGAGCUCUCUGCUCUGAUGAUACUUUCAGGCACUUUGGUCAUGCCAACCGAGAUUUUGGUCUGUGACGAAACAAACAGAUAUGUUUACAACAUCUAGAGCAAUAUCUAAGCAUACCUCAUCCCUGACCUUCCACAUCGCCCUGCCCCGCCCUCUCCCUCAGCCUCUCCACAAGCCGUACUCCGCCUCGUUUGGUGGGCACCCACAGUGGCCGCUUCUCCACGUCUUCCUGGGUUCCUCACGCCGGGCUUGUGCUCUGGACUGCCUUCAGGGCACAAGGCUUGCUCUGUGCUUGGGACCUUUAAAGGCUCAAGGCAAGCCAUGCAGUAGGCCGGGCAGAGCUGUGACUUUUAGGAUUGCUCUCCAUCCCUGAGUGGCCUUUCAGCCCCACAUGAGUAUUAACCCGUUUGGGGGCUGGUGUGAGAUUUCCUGUUGCCCUUGGCAAGCCAAAUAGAACACGAUCAGUAAGGACCCUUCAUAGCCCUGGGCACUUCUGGGGUGAGGAAUGUUCCCUGAGCAGCGUUUAUUAUGAAAGUUGAGGAUGUGCAGGGAUCACCCGGAAAGCCUGUUAUAAGUGCUAAUUUCCAGGUUCCACACCCAGAGACGCUGAUCUAAUAGAUCUGGGGUGGGAUGCAGAAGUCUGCAUUUUAAAUAAGCUCCCAGGUGUGUAGUGGCCUGUGGACCAGACUUUGAAAAAAAGAUGGUCUAAGACAGUGGUCUAAGACAGAGGCUCUCACCCUUGGUUGUUCAAUGGAAUCACCUGGGGAGUUAAAGAAACCCGAAUGUCUGGGUCCCGCCCCAGAGCAUCUUGGGGUUGGAACUCAAGGCAUCAGUUUUUUAACUACUCCACAGGUGGGUCCAAUGUAUAGGUGAGGUUGGGAUGCUGGGCCUGAGGAGUGAGGAACACAGCUAAGGGUAAAACACAGCUGUGUGAGCUGAGAGGGCUGGAGCACACCCAGACACAAACAAGCACAAUAACCAGGAACCUGCCAGCCCUGAAUUUGACUCUUAGGGUGGUUGCCUCUAUGCCCUCUCUGACUUUUGAGAUAAAAAUGUUUCUGCCCCAGCUGAAUGCGUUGUCAGGCAGUGGGUCCGCCAACAGUGGGGGCUGAAGGGGUCCUUGGGGCUUUCCUCGCCUGCCGGGUCUUGUUCACAGGGCUUCCUCCAAUCUCUCCUCCUAGGCUGCUUCGCUGUUUGUUUUCAUGUGCUCUCGUGCUUGGUCAUUCCGUGUUAGGCCGUGCCUCUGUACCCAAGGCCACGCGACAUGGUAGCUGGACUCAGGUAGUGGGUGAGGGGUGUGUAGUAGUAAUAAUAGCGGUAGCACAACAACUUCAAAUUUCUCAAGGGACGGUGUUUUACCCUCAGAAUAGCAAGCUCUUUGAGGCUUUCUUCUCCAGGGCCACCACGGGGUUUUGGGUGCUGCCCUAAGCCCUCACCAUUCCCUUUGGUGUUAGGCUGGAUGGGCAGCUAGAAGGUUCGAGUUGAUUUUACGCUCUGGUGCUCUCCGCAGAACUGGCUGCUCUGGAUUAACCAAAGCUGUGAAAUGGCUCUCUGCUCAGGCUGCAGGCCCAGCCUCUGGGUGCAGGCCCUGGGCGCCUGUCCUCAGCAGGGCCGGGUGUCUGGGCGCUCCAGGCCCUGGGCUGUGAGGGAAAGGCAUGAACUCACUGUGCGGAGAGCCGGGCUGGGAAUGGGGAAGACUGAAGAGGAAGGAGCAGGGGGGAAAGACACGCAGCUCCCGUGGCAUCUGCUUCUCCAUAAACCAGAAGGGAGAGGUGAUGAGUGGUGAGUUCAGAGGCAGGAUCGUCUCCCAUCAACAAGAGCACCCAGAGCUCUCCUGACCCUGUCAGUGCCCACUUCCAAGCAAGGCAGACGAAUUACAAUUUUCCAUCCGAGGCUGUCCUUCAGUCUGCCAAGUGUCAGCCCUCUUCAAAUCGGCAUCCUCCGUUUUAGAAGCAAAGGAGGUGGCAAAGUCCCCCCUGGCGUGGGGAGCCUGUGCCACUUGGCAUGAGACUGUGAAGGAAGAAGCCAAGAGCAGAGAUGUCUUCCUGUCCCUGUGACCUCUUGGGAUUCACAAGAUGCUGUGGACCAAGAUGAGAGAUGGCAGGAUGGGGCCACUGGCCUUCCCUGGUGUGGGGUCCUGGUCUUCUCAAUAAACAGUUCUCUUCUUGAUUCUUCCUCCCUUCCGCCCCUCUGCUCCCUCCCCUCUGCCAGGUACAGAGAAGGCGGCUGGGCUGAUGUGCCCUCCAGGCGUGGUAGCACUCACCGAGUCACACGUGGCGGCACAGAUCUGUAGCAGCUCAUCUGCUGUAGAAACGCUUGGCUGAUGGAGUCCUCAUUGAGUUGUUUCAUUACCAUGCAAAGUGGAAUAAUGUCACUCACCUCUACUAUAAACAAGGCUGUGAGGACAUAAUAAACAGAACCUGAACACGCUG